AUGGACCUGCGUACCCAGAGGUUGGUGCGUCCCGAGCCUGACUCGGUUAUGCUGGCACCCCACCACUCCCUUUUCCUGGGAGCCUUCUCAGCCCAGCACUGUGCCCAGGACUCCCAGAAGCACCUGCCACAGCACAUCCACUACGAGUAUGACAUGGAGCAGAGUCGCCAGGAGAAAGAGCAGGACAAGAGACAAGAACUGCAGCAGCUGAUGUAUAAGGAUAAGAGUGAGCAAAGUGCUGUGGCCAGUCCCCUGGUGAAACAGAAACUCAGAAGCCAAAUCCUGAAGAGGAAGGAGCAGGCCACCCUGGAGAAGACCGCCUCCAACCCCACCAGACACACGCCCAGGGGUUACAGGGAACUGGCCCCAGAUCCUGACAUGCCCCCAAAGCCUCACAUGGUGACCCCUGUUGUCCAUCAUCCACCAUGUGACCAACGCAAGGACACGCCCCUCAGAAGAACAGCUUCUGAUCCCCUCCUGAAGGUGAGAAGUAAACUGAAACAGCACAUCAACUCCAGACAGAACCCUCUCCAACGCAAGACCAGCGCCCCGCUCACAGUCAAGCCCAGAAUACCGGAUACUCUGGACUCCUCUCCCAGCAGUACAUGUAGCACUCCAGUGUCCGGGUGCAGCUCGCCCAAUGACAGCCUUCUCUCGGACAGCCCACUUACUACCAGACUAACCCACGUGGUCUACCUGCCCAUGGAGAGACACAGUGCUGCCCACCAUCACCUCCAGCCCAUGUUCAUCCUGGAGCCCUCAGGACUGCUGCAUACACAGCUAGUCACUGUGCGAGGUCUGAACCCAGGCCUUAUCCAGUACCCCUCCUCCAGACUGGAAGGCCUGGUCACCUUGGGCCCCCACAGGCCCCUGGGUCGGACCCGGUCUGAGCCCCCACUGCCCUCUCACCAGCAGCACCAGCUACUGCAGCAGAACCACAAUCUGCUGCUGGAGAGACUCAAACAAAACACACACCUGGACCAGAUCCCCUCGGAGGACAUGGACCCAGAGGAGAUCAGGUCAGGGGAGGGGGAUGGAUACCAGAGAAGUAGACAGAGUGGAACCAGCAGCUCUGAGUCAAUGUGGGACACAGAGUCUACCUCCUCACGAGACAGCCAUGGGGAACAUAUCAGGAAAUGCACACCUCUGAUGAAUCAGUCAUUCCAUUGGGAGCAGUCCAGGCACCUUCAGGUCCUGACAGAAAGGCGCAGACAGGUGACCUACCUGGACAGCCUGGGUGUGCCUGUGGUUCUUGGCCCUUCCCACCGCCCCCUUGGCCGUGCAAAGUCCUCCCCUGCCUCCACCUCUCUUCCCCCUCCUCCACAGCCCACAGACACCCCGCUGUCUCUGCCCAGCACUGGUCCGGAGACCCCCACCAAGCUACGAUUCACCACUGGUCUGGUGUAUGACUCUCAGAUGCUAAAGCACCAGUGCACCUGUGGCGACAACAGCCGACACCCAGAGCAUGCUGGGAGAAUCCAGAGCAUCUGGUCCAGAUUGCAAGAAAGAGGCCUCAGGAACCAGUGUGAGUGUAUCCGUAGCAGGAAGGCCUCUCUGGAGGAGCUUCAGUCUGUCCACUCCGAGAAGCACGUCCUGCUGUAUGGCACCAACCAACUCCAUCGUCUCAAACUGGACAACCGCAAGCUGGCUGGGAUCUUAUCUCAAAGGAUGUUUGUGAUGCUACGAUGUGGAGGAGUUGGGGUGGACAAUGAUACGAUCUGGAACGAGAUGCACACAUCAACGGCGUCUCGCUUGGCAGCAGGCAGCGUGACGGAGCUGGCACUCAGGGUGGCACAGGGAGAGCUGAAGAAUGGCUUUGCAGUGGUGAGGCCCCCUGGACAUCAUGCAGCCCACUCUACCCCCUUGGGUUUCUGCUUCUUCAACUCCGUGGCCAUCGCAGCCAAGCAGCUCCAGCACAAACUCAGCGUCAGCAAGAUCCUCAUUGUGGACUGGGAUGUUCACCAUGGGAACGGUACCCAGUCGGUCUUCUACAAUGACCCCAGCGUGCUGUACAUCUCCCUGCAUCGCUAUGACAAUGGCAAAUUCUUCCCCGGUAGCGGGGGCCCAGCUGAGGUGGGAGUAGGAGCAGGUGAGGGCUUCAAUGUCAACGUGGCGUGGACGGGAGGCUUGGACCCCCCCAUGGGCGACGCAGAAUACCUAGCAGCAUUCAGGACUGUGGUGAUGCCGAUUGCCUAUGAGUUCUGUCCUGACGUGGUGCUGGUCUCAUCUGGUUUCGAUGCCGUCGAGGGACAUCUGGCGCCACUGGGGGGCUACAAAGUGUCAGCCAAGUGUUUUGGUUUUCUGACACGUCAGCUGAUGGGGCUGGCGGGGGGACGGGUUGUCAUGGCGCUGGAGGGGGGUCACGAGCUCACGGCCAUCUGCAAUGCCUCUGAGGCCUGUGUCAGGGCCCUGUUGGGCAUCCAGGUGGAACCCCUGUCUGAAGCAGUCCUAGAGAGGAGACCCUGUCCCAACGCUGUCCUCUCUCUGCAGAGAGUCAUCCAGGCCCAGGGUGAGUACUGGCGGUCGUUGAGGGCGGUGGCCCACACAGUGGAUCAGUCAUACAUGCAGGCCCAAGGACACAGUCUGAGACGUGGCUCAGAGGACCACAAUGACACCGUCUCUGCCCUGGCCUCUCUCUCCAUGGCCAGCCUCACCACAAACAGGACACAGCCAGAUGAACUUAUGGAGGGGGACAGAGACUCCAUGUAG